AUGCCUCUGCCCUCGCCAACCGGGAACAUCCAGGACAGCCUCCGUGAAAUGAAGCACGACAAAUGGGGCUGGGUCAUCUACCGCUGCACCUACGAUGACGACGAAGGUGGACCCGCUUCAAGCAGAUCAUCAACCAGCGGUCCCGCGAAAGAAUCUGGACAUUUGUCGAGGACCGUGGCACGCUCGAUGGCGUUUCGCGCGACCAGCUACGCGCCCGCUUCAGGGUGUGGGCGAGCGAGGCGGUCGGAGGACGAUGGCACUUUUGGCGUCCCGAGAUACAACUUCUUUAUCCAAGUUGAUCAGUGCGCACUGCGGAGCGUGGUCUACGAGGCUCCGCAACCACCCGAAAUAGGCGUGCACGGUGAGGGUUACGUGAAUUUUGUGGACGCCAACUGGAAGCCCCUGAGCCAGAGACUCUUUGCACAGGCCACAGAAGGCGAUGAGUCCUACGAGCCAAUUGACGGCUGCCGCGAGGAAAAUGUCGGCUGGAUGAAGAUAGCGUCAUUCAUGGUGGGCCUGGACUUCUACGAGGUUAUGAGUGGUUCCCCUGAUUCUUCGAAUGGAUACCUCAUCUCGGGAAUUUUGUUUUCGAUCUCCAACAACUCCCUCAGGACACUCUCGCGGUACGGGCUGGUAGAAGCCGAGAACUGGCUCCGGAUGUACCUGAUCUGGUCCGCAACAUAUGUGCGUGCAAACUACGAGACCUGUUGA